GCUUUUUCAGGAAUCCCAAAUUUGGUUACCAGAACUCAUGUUGGGUGGCUCACAACCACCUGUAACUCUAGCUCUAGAGGGUUCUGAUAUCUCUGGUUGCUACAGGCACUUGUAGUCACAUAUAUAGGCAGACAGAUACAACUAAAAAAUCUUUUAAAAGAGAAGUACAUAUGGGGACUGGGAUCUAACUCAGUAGAGUGUUUGCCUAGCAUGCAUGAAACUCUGGGUUCAGUUACUAAUAUUGCAUAAAGUUGAGCAUGGCAGGCAUACUACUGUAAUUCCAGUCCUCAAGAAGGGGAGGCAGGAGGAUAGAUACUUCAAGGUCUUGUUCCAUUACAUGGGGUUUAAAGCCAGCUCAGGGUCUAAUGUAAUACAUUAUUAUUAUUUUGGUUUUGAGAUAAGGUUUUGCUAUCAAGACCAGCCUGGACACACGUAAGCUCUUAAAGCAUCUUCUGACCUUGCAUUUCCGAAGUUGCUUGUUGUCAGCAUUUAUUGGAGAGUUUUGAUAUUUUAUGGCCUGUGUUGUUGGUAGCUCUCACUUUAAAAGCCUCUUUCUCCCCCUCCCCCCAGUUUAUUCUUACCAUGGAUUCAAGCAGCAUCAGUGAUGAAGACUGUGAAGCCUAUAUGUCUGAAUUGCUGGAGAAAAGGUCCAGCUGUGUGGUGAUCAAGUCAGACUCUGAUUCUGAUUCUCCCUCUAAGGAAAAGAGAGCUAAGAUCUGUGAAAUGAGCAGUGAAGAUGAGUCUUCUGACGAGUCUUCUAACAAAUCUAACAAAUCUUCUAACAAGUCUUCUGACAAGUCUUCUAACAAGUCUUCUAUCGAGUCCUCUGACGAGUCUUCUAACACUGAGGGCUCCAGUGUUCAGAAGACUUCAGUAAUUGUUAUCGAUGACGAAGAUGAUGACAAUCCCCAUUUGAGGGAUGCUGAGAAGAAAAGAGAUGAUUCCAGUGUUGAGUGCCAAAUGCCUGUGCAUGAAAAAGAGGUAGUUGAAUGUAUUGAAUCUGAGCCUUCAUCUGAUGUUUGUGAAAUAUGGGAUCUUGUUGAAAGUUCUGAACAACCACUACUGGAGCCCGAGCAGGAGCCCGAACCCGAAUGGGAACCUGACCUGGAGCCCCAGUGGGAGUCUGAGCCAGAAACCGAGCCUGAGCCAGAGCCUGAGCCUGAGCCUGAGCCCCAGUGGGAGUCCCAGCCAGAAACCAAGCCUGAGCCAGAGCCAGAGCCUGAGCCUGAGCCGGAGCCCCAGUGGGAGUCUGAGCCAGAGCCAGAGCCGGAGCCGGAGCCCCAGUGGGAGUCUGAGCCAGAAACCGAGCCAGAGCCAGAGCCUGAAACGGAGCCCCAGUGGGAGCCGAAGCCAGAAACCAAGCCCAAGCCAGAAGCCCAGCCAGAUCCUAACCAUAAGUUAGAGUGA